AUGGCACAUACUAUUGCAAUUCUAUCUGUGAUACCUAGGUUAUCUUACCAUCUGCGUAUGCAACUUCCGAAUUUAACGAUAUUUGACGUUGCGCCAGACAAAAACGAUACAUUGUCGAAAUUAAAUGACGCAGAUAUAUUGGUAACUGAUUGCGAUUUGUUUGUACCAUAUCUGGAUAAGUUACAAUCCCUGAAAUGGGUUCAAACUACAUGGGCUGGCGUCGAAGCAUUAACCCCGCGUUUGAAAGAUACGAAAAUUAAUUAUGUUGUUACACGUUUUUCUGAUGGAGCUUUCGGUCUGGCGAUGGCCGAAUACGUGGUAGCACAUAUUUUUAAUUUUGAACGUAAUCAGAAGCAGCAGUACGAGAAUCAGAGAAACAGGCAAUGGAGAAAAGAUGGGAAAAUUUCUGACCAUAGACUGAUCUGUGAUCUAUCAGUAGGUGUUUUAGGCUUGGGGAAUAUUGGAAAAUCAAUUGCUCAACAAUUGAAGGCUUUUGGGGCUAAUGUGUGGGGCAUUACAAGGGGGCAGCUUAAAGAAAAGUUAGAUUAUUUAGAUCAGCACAGAACAAUUGAAUUUUUACCUGAAAUGCUAAAACAAUGCGACUACAUUGUCAAUGUUCUGCCAUCCACACCCAAUACCUUGGGUUUGUUAAAUGGAGAUAUGUUACAAAAUUGUAAAGAUAGAGGCAGUGUUUUUAUCAACAUAGGUCGAGGUUCAGUCAUUAAGGAAGCUGAUUUAUUGAAUGCUCUUCAGCAAAAGUGGAUCUCCGGAGCAAUACUGGACGUUUUUGAAAAAGAACCACUGCCAAAAGACAGUAAAUUGUGGACACUGCCGCAGGUCACUAUCUCCCCACAUAUUUCGGGUGUGACUCGUUCUCAGGAUGUUGCACGAUUUUUUGCCGAAAAUUACCAGAAAUUCGCUAAAGGUGAAAAUUUGUUAAAUGUAAUAAAUUUAAAGGAAGGUUACUGA